GAAAGAAAUCAUUUAUUUUCUACUAGAUAAACUGAAAAUUGGCCAUCGAUCAUCGUUCAAGUUUUGUGCAGAGGAUCUUUAUUUUUAUGAAAAAGAUGAAAUUGAGUUUGACAUGGUGCAGAAUGAUCUGCUUUCAAGCUGCUUAAAAGGAAUAAACUUGAAGCAAAGAAGAUACGUUGCCGUAACCCUUGUCAUAAAAAGAUGUGACGAAGUACUUUGCUUCACAUUAUGUGGUUCACAAAAUCCUUCUCAGAAGCAUUCAAAUGAUGGGGCUAUUGGAGAAUUGUGGAACAUCCUGUGUAGUAAAUUUGGAGAAAUAUGGAGCUGGUUUGUGAAAUUCCCAGAUGAGGAUAAGAAUGAAAAUUUACGCUUUGCUGUUUCCAAGAAAAACUUUUGUUUGUUGGAUUCAACUUGUGAGAUGUUGCAUGAAUAUAAAUUUAGAAUGGUAAAGUGUGACGUAUCUUUCAACAAUGAUGAAGACAUGCUGGAGUUAAAAGUAUACACCGACAAUAAUAUUGGUGGUGAAAACCCAGAGUUUUCAAGACUUUCAAGUGUUAUUCAUUUAAGAACAACUGGCAGAUUUGCGGAAGAUAUCCAAAAACUAAUGGUUGAACGAACAACUUCAUUCGAAGAAAAUCUAGAUUCUACAGAAAACAGUCAAAUAUUUUCUUGGAUAAUUGCGGAAUCACCAGACAGUACUCCGCCCCUUCCAUGCUAUUCGCAAGAUCAUUUUGUUGCCCUUCCUCCCCCACCGCCACACCAACAGCCCCCAAAAUGCAGUUUAAAGUUCAAGUUUAACAUAAAUGACUUUGAGAGCCCUCCAAGAAUUCACAAGAAAACAAGUCUUUUUCGCUCAGAAAGUACAGUUUGCAUCACUGAUAAUAGUGCAUAUAGUAAAUGGAAUCAUCGUAAUAUUUUCUAUGAAAAUAUAUUUCAUUAUGAUGACAGUACGUACACAUACAGAGUCUACAUAAAUGAGCCAAACUUGAGACCACACCGACCAAGGAUGAAGGUUAGAAUUGAUCGGUGGAAUCGUCUCAGUGAUGAGCUGAAGGAAAUAGAUCAAGAAGCAUUAAGAAGACAUGGGUUGUGGUUUGAUAACCAGUACAGACACCGAUCCAGCGAUGAUUCCUACAAAAAGAUUUGUAAUUUACCUUUAAAUAUUAACCUGUAUGAUCAGCCUCGUCCAACUGGCAGAUGCAGCUCCUCCUCUUCUUCUUCUGCUGAGGAAGACCACACUAAAGACUACUGGAAGUCAGAUUUAUGUCUAACUAUACAGAGAGUAAUGGAGGGUCGUGUGCCGAAAAUGUGGGAUGUCUUUAACAUAACACACAAUCAGUACCUGGAGCUGUCUAUGAAAUUGGAUCUGAGAACUAAUGCACCAAGGGCAAGAGACUGGACAGAAUUUGCAGAAUGGAUUGGGAUAAAGUCAUCCAGUGACAUGGAGAUAAUACAGCACUUCUGUUACACUAGAAAAAUGGUCAUCAUGGACGUCGUAUUCUGCCACUGGUACUUCAUGUGGGAACGUAGAAGAUGUGUUCCAGCUUGUAAUUACGACAUGUUGAAGUGCGUUCUUUACAGUAUGGAGAGAUUUGACUUAAUUCAUGGGAUUCAAAGGAACAAAAUAGAUAUUUAUGAAGAUGAAGAAUCUGAUGAGGACAAUACUCACUUUUAAAAUUACUAUUUAAAUACAUAUCCUAUAGCUGACACUCUUUAAUAUUGUGCGAAAGUAAGAGGUAUCCUCACAAAUAUGUUUCCAGAUACUUAAGUUAGGCCUAUUUGAGAAACCAUUGUUUAAGGUAUGAUAGAUGUCAGCUUUUGACAAAGGAUUGGUUAGAGUUUCCAGUCGCGUAGCAUAGGGGGGCAGCAGAGACCAGGCCCCAAGACCAUAAACUGAGAAUAGACUUGAGUCGAAAUUUCAAAUCAGUGUAACUUUUUAAAUAAAUUUAAAAAUGAAACAAAAUUUUCAAGAUAUGUUUGUAUUCAAAUAGUUUACAAACUUGAAAGAUUUAGGCAUAUUCAUUAGAUAAUAAUUAAAAUAUUCAAAAUCUAAAUUUUGACUUAAGUCUAUUCUCAGUUUAUGGUCUUGGAUCCAGGAAAGCUUGAUAUGCGAUAAUAUUUCCAUUUCUAAAUUUUUUCUCUAUAAUAACCCUUUGAAAGUAAGCGGAGUUGAUUUCCUGAUAAUUCUACCGGAAUGUAAAUUAGGCAGGUCGAUAGGUCAGCAGCUAAGGAGGCCUAAUACGCAUGCAAACCUCGUGCGCAUCUGUCUCUGUGUCUGACGCUAAGGAGGCCAAAUAUGCAUGUAAAUCUCGUGCGGCUGCCUUUGUGUUUGACGUCAGUGUGCGAGGACUAUUGAAAUUGGCAUGGAAGUCCUCGUGUAAUUUAAAUCGAUUAGUCUACAUUCUUAAUGUCUAAGUCUACAAUUUUAUUCCACAAUGAAAUGGAAAUAUAAGGAAUCACUGUCUAGUUUUGAGAGUAUGCCAGGGACAUCAACAAUAGUGGGAAA